AGUCGUAGCCGCGCGCUCGUCCCGAGCACGUUGGAGACAAACGUCACAAUAAAUAAUCAUCAGUGAAUAAAAAAAAAAAAAAAAUAAUAAAACUAGCAAUAUUAAAUAAAUCUUAUAUUGGAUUUAUUAUUCGUGUUUUUAAAAAAAGUAAAAGUGAUCGUUGACAUUGAUUUUUUUUUUAAAUUUCCUGAUUGUUUUAAUCCAGUUGAUAAUAAAAAUAUAUUGAUAAACAUUUUGUGAUUGAUUUAAACUGUUACGAUGUGCAUCACGAAAUGUAUUCUAUUAAAAUCGCGUGACAUUUAUCAGUUUGUAUUGAUAAAUAAUUUUGAUUCACGCCAAAUUUAAAUAUAUAUAUUUAAAAAAAAAAUUGUUACUUGUAUAAAAAUUAAAUUUCUUUUUCUACUUUUGCUUUAGUUUUUUUUUUUUAAAUUUAUAUUAUUUGUCAUUAGUUGUAUUAUUUGCGGAGAUGAAAGUUGAAAUAUCAAGACAAACUUGAUUGACAAAUAGAGAAAUGUUGUUAUAAAUAAAAAAGCGGUAUUUAAAAAUAUAAAAAAUAUAAAACAAAUUUAAAUUAUAUAUUUUAAAUAAUUAAAAAAAAAUUAUAUUAUUAUUUUUUUCUAUAUUAUAAGAUUAAUAGUACAAUCGUGUUCGUGACUCUGGAUUAAUUUGCAGCAUCUUGAUCUUGUAAUGACAUUUAUUAAAAACUUUCAAUUUUAUCAUUGGUGAAUUUUUAUUUGCAAGUUUUUCCGUAUGAUAAAUACAAGUGUGGUUGUAUUUGUCAUUUCUUUGAUCUUCUUUAUAAAAUUGAGUAUUAAAAUUUCAAAGCAAACAACAACAACUAAACCGGAAAAAUAAAAAAUAAUCAAAUCAAUUAAAAUUUAAACUUUUGAAAGAAGAAUUAAAUGAAAUUUUAAUUUUUUUAUUGUGACGAUCUUGAUAAACGAGAUUUAGAGAUAAAUAAAAAAAGCGCUAAAUUAGUUUUAUAAAAUUUUUGAUAGUGCAACAGGAUGCAACAUACAACACCGUGGUAUUUGCCUUGGGGCCUAAAAUUAGUGCCCCUGCCAAUUCCACAAGCUCAUCCAGUUUCCGGUAUACCUAACCCGGCUGGUCUGCAUCUGCUUGCACCACUUCCCGGCAUUUAUGCUCCAGAACCGAGAAAGGUUGAUCUAAAGCCACUCAGGGAGUCUAUCAUUGCCAUACCAUCUCCAAAAAUAUCUGAAAAACGAAAAGCUGAAGAGGCUGAAGCUAGCAAAGAUCUAAAAAAGGCAAAAUUGGAAACAAAGGCACUAAAAGCAAAAAGGCCCGGAUUUACAGAUGAACGAUACAACGAGACUAGUUAUUACGUGGAAAAUGGUCUUCGUAAGGUUUAUCCGUACUAUUUUACAUUUACAACGUUUACCAAAGGCAGAUGGGUUGGUGAAAAAAUACUGGAAGUAUUUGCACGUGAAUUUCGUGCUCAUCCAGCUGAGGAAUAUGAAAGAUGCAUUCGUGCUGGUACACUUACAGUCAAUUAUCAAACUGUUGAUGUUGACUACAGAUUGCGUCACAAUGAUCUACUAGCAAAUAUUGUGCACAGACACGAGGUGCCAGUCACCUCGGAGCCGAUCACGGUGAUACACAUGGACGAGGAUGUCGUCGUUGUCAACAAGCCCGCCUCCAUCCCUGUACAUCCUUGCGGUCGUUAUCGUCACAAUACUGUGGUUUUUAUACUGGCUAAAGAGUAUAAUUUAAAAAAUUUACGAACAAUUCAUAGAUUGGAUAGGUUGACUAGUGGAAUUUUGCUAUUUGGAAGAACACCAAAAAAAGCCAGACAAAUGGAGCAUCAAAUUAGAAAUCGUCAGGUCCAUAAACAAUAUGUAUGUCGUGUUGAAGGUGAAUUUCCAGAUGAAGAAAUAAUAUGUUCAGAAUCAAUCGAAGUUGUAUCAUAUAAAAUUGGAGUGUGUAAAGUAUCUGAAAAAGGUAAAGAUUGUUUAACUCGUUUUAAACGUUUAAGUUACAAUGGAAAGUCAUCAGUUGUACUAUGUAAACCUCAAACUGGUAGAAUGCAUCAAAUACGUGUACAUUUACAAUAUCUUGGUUAUCCAGUUAUAAAUGAUCCACUUUAUAAUCAUACUGUAUUUGGUCCAGAAAAAGGAAAAGGUGGUAAUAUUGGUAAAUCAGAUGAAGAACUUGUUAAAGAUUUAAUUGGUAUUCAUAAUGCUGAAAAUUGGCUUGGUAUGGAUGGUGAUUCAGAAAUGAGUUUAUUUAAACCAAAACUUGAUAUUGAAGAUAGAGAAUCAAAUGCAAGUACUGAUAAAGAUGCUGGUUCACCAUCAUCAACACCAGGUAUUAUUGAAGAUGAACAAUCAUCACAAUCAUCACAAUCACAAUCUCAACAACAACAAGUAUCAUCAGCACUUAAAGUAACUGUUGGUACACAAACUGGUAGUGAACCACUAGAUUCAAAUUUUACAAAUGACAAAGUAACUAUUGAUAAACAUUGUUAUGAAUGUAAAGUUAAAUAUCGUGAUCCAAAACCAUCUGAUCUUGUUAUGUAUCUUCAUGCUUGGAGAUACAGUGGACCUGGAUGGGAAUAUGAAACACCUUUACCUGUUUGGGCAGCAUCUGAUUGGGCUGAUGCUAAUGAUGAUCGAUAGUCAUCAAAUACAUCAUUGAUCUAUAAAAAAAUUAAUUUUUUUUUUUUUUUCAUUUUUUAACAAUAGAAAAGUAAUUUAAAGGAAAAAAAAAUCAUAAAAAAAUAAAUAAAAAAAAGGAAAAAAAAAAAGAAAACAAAUAAACAUGUACCUCCGUAUCCUUUUUUGAUAUCCUACCCCGUGCCUUCCAACUGUUUGCAGUAGUUUCAUUGAUAUUCGGAUUGAUCCAAUCAAAUAACUUGAGACAUUUGCAAAUUUUUGAAUAACAUAUUUGUGAAAAAUUAUAAAAAAUUGUAAAAACGCAGGCGCGGUGCUCUGUGAAUGCAACAGAUCAAGCCCUUGAAUAAUUAAAAUCAGCCACGUUUAUUGAACGUAUUAUAUAUAAAUAUACAUUUAUACAUAGUUGCUUUCGGUUAUUACAAUUAUUGUAUAGCCAAUCAUGUGUCUAAGCGUUGUUAUUAUUAUAUUUUUAUCAACUUAUUUCUUCUUGUUCUAUUUUUUAAAUCACAUUUAAUCAGCCACUCGUUGACAGCUUGCAAGUUGCUUCAUAUUAAUUAUUACUAUUGUUUUAACCUGGAUAUAUAUAUUUUUUUUUCUCAUAAAACUGCAAUGAACAUUAUAUCAAAAUAAAUGUUUUUAUAUAUUUUUUUUUUGUCGAACAAAUGUAUUGUAAAUUUUGUUCGCUUGUGAUACUAAUUAUACCGGGUCAAUUGAUAUAUCAAUGACAUUACAAAAUUAUUAAAAAUUAAAUUCAAUAAUAAUUAGCGCUUAAUGGUGCUUUAAUAAAAAAGAGAAAUAUAAAUGUUAAAAAAACAUUAUCAUCUUUGCGCAGUUUCAUAAUUAUAUUAAUUAAAACAAAAAAAAAGAUAUCAAAAAUAUUUUAUUGCGAUAGAUAAUUAUACAAAACACAAUUUCCUUUUGAUUUUGCAUUGUGCAUUGCUGAUAUAUAUAAAAUUAUUUUAAAUGAAAUGAAAUUAAAAAAAGGAUUGUUUAUGUAGUUAAUUUUUUUUAUACGUCAAUGAUAAUGUCAUGUGUGUUCAAGUAAAUUGUUCACACAGCAGGAAUCUUGUUAAAUGAAAAAAAUAAAAAUCCAAGAAUA